AUGGCUCCUCGCACACGUUCGAGUACCAAGGCGAACCGCGAUCGCGCGGCCCCCCUCGCAGAAGCAACUCCCACCUCGCCGCCCGAUACACACGACUUCCCUGUCGUCCAAGCUCGCCGCCGCGUCGCUCGCGUGACCAAGACAUACGGACGUGGUUUGACCGGCCGCCGUUCUGACAAGCAAGAUGGGGCGAGGUUGGCCGCGAAUGCGCAAGGCUCGCCCAAGUCCACGGCUGGAGUCGAACAUCCCUACAGCAGCGGAGGCAGACGUGCUCUCACGGUAUCCGGUCCAGCCACGCCCACCGCAACAGAAGCAGCACCCCCCUCGAGCUCGCCAGAUACCAACGCUGAUCGUACUGAUGACCGGGAGGCCGCUGCCAAGGGGGAGGGCACGUCGGGGGGACAUGUUGCACGCGACAACAAGGCCAGUGUCACAACAGCCCGAGACAUCAAGGCAGGGACCGCCUGGAUCCCACGCUCUGCGCCCGCCCCGACUGGUUCGCAGGACGACGAGGACGCGCUUCACGAUGAGGAUAUGCCGGCAAUAACUACCCUCGGCGACCGAUACACCGCUCCCCGUCAUCUUAAACCCUCCCUCGCCCUCCCACCUAAUACUCUCUCAGCACCAUAUUGCCACCCGCCGGCCACGAUUCACUCAACCGAUCGUUUGAUUCCCCCCGCUCGGUCACUUCUCUCCCUGCUACCAGUCCGCGGCAGCAGCCUCGACGUAUCCGCAAGCACAAGAAUGCCUGGAGUACAGGAGCCCGAGGUCCACCGCUGCGCCUCCACGCCCGAGGAGGUUCGGUACAAUGAAACCAUGGUGGCUGUACAGAAGAAUCUCAUGAGAGCGCUCGAGGAAGCGUGUGACCGGCGUAUCGAAGACGAGUGGGUCAACGAGGCAGGACAGGUCAAGAAGCGUACAAUCAUCUAUCCCGAUCACUUCGAGGGUGGACGGGAAGACUUGGAGGACGCCCGCCGCCUCCAUCUGCAGAGUUACCGUCCCGAGGUGCGGCGUCUCCAAGACCUCGUCGUUAAUGCACUGGAGCGAGAUGUUAAAAACCUGGGGUCGCCCGAGAGCGAGGAGCACGCCUUCCUCUGGCGGGAUCAGACGCACAGUGCAAGCAAGGCACUGGAAUUCCAGAAGAUGAUCAAGGCCGUGAUGGACAAGUGGGAAUAG